AUGAUGACCGUCCCCCUUACAGCUGACCCCUACCACCAGGGAAACGUCAGGAUGACCCUGGAGAAGUCUGACCUCUGGAAGUCCUUCCACAACCUAGCGACUGAGAUGAUAAUCACCAAACAUGGCCGGAGGAUGUUUCCCCACUGCAACGUCAGUCUAUCUGGACUCCAACCCUAUGCCAACUAUGUCCUCAUGGUGGAUAUGGUUCCUGUGGACAACUUCAGAUACAGGUGGAAUAAGGGCCAGUGGGACAUGGCUGGGAAAGCCGAGCCCCAACUCCCAUGUCGGACGUACGUACAUCCGGACUCCCCCGCCCCGGGCUCCUACUGGAUGAAGCAAUCGGUGUCCUUCCUCAAGCUCAAACUCACCAACAAUACUCUGGACCAGCACGGCCAUAUCAUCCUGCACUCUAUGCAUCACUACAUCCCACGCUUCUCUGUGGUCCAGGCUGACAGUCUGUACAAUGUACGCUGGGGACACUUCCAUUCCUUCUCCUUCCCUGAGACCUCCUUCACUGCAGUCACCGCCUACCAGAACACUAAGAUCGCUAAACUGAAGAUUGACCACAACCCCUUUGCUAAGGGAUUCAAAGGGGAAAACACCCGUACUCAUAGCAAGAGGUGUCGAUCCAAGAGUCCUGGGGAUGCUGCAAAGAAAGACAAAGAAGACAAAGAUCCAGGAAACAAAAGUCCUCCAGACCUCCAGAGGCCAAAACUAAACUGUGAGCCAGAAGAACAGAGAAUGACCCUAGGAGCCACAGAGAACGUGGUUUCGGGUAAGGAGGAUCUCUUGUCCCCCUGGGCCUUGAAACAGGACCCGUCCCAGAGGCACAGCCUGCACACUGAAAUACUGGAGCUCCACGACCACAGACAGGAAUACAGCACUGAGGAGCAGAUGGUGCCUGGCCCUGCAUCUAUGUCCUACCAACCAUACAGAUCGGUUGAGAAUUGCAGACUUCCCUCUCCCUCCUCUAUAGUGGAGGAUGGUGAAUGCAGGCGCAGCUAUGAGUCUCACGUUCCAGAUGUAGCCACUGUCCCUGGACACGAGACUACCAGACCUGGCCUUGUCAGGGACAUGGGUCACCACCACCUCACCUUGGCUCCAGCCAUGCCCCAGGACUACAGAGUGUCCCCGGCCACCCAGUCUGCCUGGCGGCAGUGUCUGGAGAUGUCAUACGCCGAGCUCAAAGAGUAG